AUGUCCCGCCCCCUUUCCGCCGAGGAGCUCCUUCUGCGCGAGCUCGAGGCCGCCAAGCCGCGCUUUCUCUCGCGCAAAAAGCGCACCAAGCUCAGGCAGGAAGCCAGCCGGGAGGACCCGUCCAAAGAGGGGUCCCCGGCACCCGCCGGGCGGCAGCAGGCCGCCCCGGACGACGCCGCGGAGGCCGCCCCGGAGCCGGCGCACAAGCGGCGGAAGACGCCGACCGGCACGUACGCGUUGUCGUGGGACUCCGACGACGACACGGCAGGCGCGUUCCAGCCGUUGGUAGAGGUCGACGCGGCACACCCGGAGGCCGACAGCGCGGCGGUGCCCGGGGCCCACUGGUCGCAGAAACCGCUUCUGGCCAUGACGGCGCGCGACUGGCGCAUCUUCAAGGGCGAGUUCAACAUCACGUCCAAGGGCAAGGACAUUGCGCCCCCGCUCCGGCGGUGGGCCGAGGAGCCGCUUCUCCCGGCGCGGUUGCGGGACGUCGUGGAGCACGAGCUCCGGUACACGGAGCCGACGCCCAUCCAGCGGGCAGCGGUGCCCGUGGCGUUGCGGAGCCGCGACGUGGUGGGCGUCGCCGAGACCGGGUCCGGCAAGACACUCGCGUUCCUCGUCCCCAUGUUGGCGUACCUCUUGAACAUCGAGGACGCGUACAUGCAGCACGAGCACGCGCAGGAGAGCAACCACAACAGGGCGCUAGCGUUGGUGCUCGCGCCCACGCGCGAGUUGGCGCUCCAGAUCGCGGCGGAGGCGGAGAAGAUGGCGCGCGUCUUGGGCUUGAGCGUGGUCGCCGUCAUCGGCGGCCACCAGUACGAGGAGACGGUGCACUCGCUCCGCCGCGGCGUGCACAUUGUGGUGGCCACGCCCGGCCGCUUGGUGGACUCCUUGGAGCGGGGCAUCGUCAGCCUCUCGCGGUGCUACCACCUCACGAUGGACGAGGCGGACAAGAUGAUCGACAUGGGCUUCGAGAAGCCGCUCCGGCAGAUCCUCCUGUACUUGCCCGGGCGCGAGCAGCUCGCGGGCCUGCUCGACGGGCGCAUUUUCCGCGUGGCCAAGCGGCUGAGCCUCAUGUUCACGGCCACGCUCUCGCCGGCCAUCGAGAAGAUCACCCAGCAGUACUUGAGCCUGCCCGCGUACCUCUUCGUGGGCGGCGCGGGCGAGCUGGUGGCCAGCAUCCGCCAGACCUUCGACUACCUCGGCAAGGCGCCCGCCGACAGGCAGGCCGAGGACAGCGGGCGCGUGGCGCGGCUCGUCAGGCUCCUCCAGGCACACCGCCAGCGCGGCGCGUUCUCCGUGGUCGUCUUCGCCAACUACAAGACCGUGGUGGAGCACGUGGCGGACGCGCUUGCGGCCGCGGCGGUGGGCCCCGUGGCCGUGCUCCACGGGUCCAAGAGCCAGGAGGCCCGCGAGCGGGCCAUCGACGCGUUCCGGGCGCGCGCCGUGCUGGUGUUGGUCGCCACGGACGUGGCCGCACGGGGCAUCGACGUGCCGCACGUGUCGAUGGUGGUCAACUACCAGAUGAGCGGCCGCUUCGAGGACUACGUGCACCGGAUCGGGCGCACGGGGCGCGCCGGGCGCGAGGGCCUCAGCCACACGUUUGUGGACGACGGCGACGGCGCCACGUUCGCCCCCUUGCGGCGGUUUCUCCAGAAGGGCGGCGGCCGCGUGCCGGAGUGGCUUCUGCGCAGGGACGGCGGCGGCUAG